AUGUCAUCUGACUCAUUUUGGGUACUGGCAAGGUAUUUAUUCAAACGUGCAGAUACGACCGAUACCUUCUCACAAGUUCCCUCUGAGACGCAAAAUCCCGAUUAUGCUAUGACGUUUCCCAGCUCACGAGGCUUGAAUAUUGAUUUGAAUCACAGUCCACCAACCAGUCCAACGGAUGUACAAGUACAACCGAACACUCAAAAGCAGCCAAAACGAAAAGGUAGGAAGCCAAAAUAUACACCCGAAGAACGAAUUCGAGUAAAUAAGGAAAGAUUACAAAAGAAGAAUAAGAUGUAUACCCGUGCAUCGGUAAAUCAUGCCAAAAAGACAAUGAAAGGAGAACAACUGAGAGAUUACUUACAAAGAGCACAAUCUUUUCGAAUUCAAAAGAGAAUUAGAGAUACAAAGAGCAGGGAAAAAUUGGCUCAACGGUAUUUGAAAGGUACGCAAACAUCUCAAGACGACAAAGGUAGACUCUUGGCUAUAGAAAGAGCAAAAGAGUAUCGUAAAAGGAAGAGCAAUGACAUGGAGUCUUUAUCAGCACACCAUACAGAUAAAUAG